AUGGCGAGUUGCUUUUCUGAAGUCGGCAACCCUUACAAGGUGCUUGGCGUUGCAGCAAACUGCACACACGAGGAAGUCAAAAGAGCUUACCAAAAACUUGUGCUCAAGGUUCGAUAACUAACCUUAUUUUCUACAACUGGUUACAAAGGUUGAGACACCUUUCAGAGUUGUCCUUUUUUAAAAGUUAAGCUUAAAACUUUUGUUAUUUACCAGUUUAUAUGCAAGAACCUCUUUAGGCGAAUUUGCGUAAAUGCAGGUUCUUACCCGCAGGUUUUUGUUAUAUUUAUUUCAAAAGGCUAGUAGCACAUGUAUGCGCUUGGAAUUCUUUAUGAAGUCCGGUGCCACAGCAUUACCAAGUUAAGAUGAUGCCAUAUUGUAUUGACUAUCCUAGACCUGUGAUGGAUUAGGAGACAUCUGUCUUGGCGAUUGUUUAUCCUGCUUUCUUGGUUCUCUCCAAGCAAUUGUGGAAUCUUACUUGAAAAACUGCUCCCACAGUCCAGCAGUUGUGUUCUAUUAUUACUCUAAGAGAGUAAAACGAGUGUUCCUGCAGUCUUCCACUACUGCAGUUGCCGAAAAGUGAAUAUUAAGUGGGUAUUCAACUGGUGCGACCGCAGCCCUGCACUCCCACAGUUGAUGUCAAGUAACUAGUGUGCUUAUGGAACAAAGUAUACUGGUGCUCCCAAAGUCCCACAGUCAAUGUCAGAAUUAGCCUGCAGUGCAGGCGUAUUUUGGGUGAGCGAAACCUCGUUCGCACUCGUAAUUGUUGUAGCCGCCAUCUUUGAUUUUAUGACAGUGGAAGAUUGGGAAGAGUAGAAAUAGUAACCCUUACGGUAGGUGCGAAGGUGAAAGAAGGAAAGGGGGGAGGGGAGGGGAGAAAAAAUACGGCGUUUUCUCUUCCCUCUCCCCGCCCCCUCCCACUCCCUUUGACUUGCCUCAUCUCCCCCUCUCUUUGUGAAGUAUCAACAUGGCACUUUCGCGAGCAAAUUGCGUGCUCAAAGGAAACGCCUGCACUGCAGGCUAUGUCAGAAUUAAUUAAGCAAAUUGGCUGACUGCUGGAGCAUUUUUUUAAAGUGACAUGUAGAUAUUUAGUGGGCUGGGUAGUAUGCAAUCUAGCCAAUCUCUCUAUAAAUGUCAAGAAUCAGCAUUCAGACCCCCCCCCCCCCCCCCCCCCCCCCCUCUACACCCCCCUUUGUCGGGUUUUUUUUCACUGGCCCCCCCGCGGGCGGGAAGAAGAAUUUUUUUUUUUUUUUUUUUUCUCAUUAUAGUUUGUGUGAGAUUAUCAAAAAGAAACGAGUGUAGGCAGGAGAAAAAAAAUAGUCGUCUAUCUAAAGUGAUGUCAGAUGCUCGCUUAAACUGGAGACUUUCCGUAAAGAAACACUCACCGCUGACAACCGUUCGUUAAAGUUAGUUUUGCCACCGGGUCGCCGGGAGAAUGACAUAAUAACACGUUUCACGUUGGCAUGAGCCUUUCUUAUCUUCCGCUUAAGUUGCUUCUGCUUGAAAUUCAUUGGCAAUUUCUUUCACUUCGUCGUUGCUUGCUAUUUUUUGCAUCUUUACCCCCGUUUUUGUAGUACAACACAGGCCUUUUGCGAGCACAAAGGGGGUGACAAAAGAAACCCCCGGCAUGAGGGGUUUUUUUAAAUAAUUUAAAAAAAUUGGUGGGGUGUGGGGGAUUUUUUUUUAAGUGGAAUUUAGUAAUUUGGGGGGGGGGGGGGAUUGAAACCUACCCAACUCUUUUUAAAAUUUAAAAAAAAACACUUCAACCCCCCCCCCCCCCCCCCCAUCUCUCAUUGACCAUCCCUGUUGGUUGGUUUUAUAACCUGUGGCCACUGAGGCAAGGCAAUGGAAUUUUAUUUUUUUAGUUUCACCCUGAUAAGCUUGAUGAGUCAUUAACAGAGGAAGAUCGUGACAAGGCUAAGGAAACGUUCUUGGCCAUUGACAAGGCAUGGAAACUUUUAAGUGACAAUGAAACAAGAGAAAAUUGUGACAGACAGUUGAAAGGUACAUGUGAAUAGUAUUAAAAAUGAUAUAAUUGACACUACACUGUACGAUGUGAAGUAUAUAUGAAAUAAUUCAUUUCUGAACUGCGGUUGUAGAUGAAAGUGAAGAAUGAUCAUCGCAGUAAAUUUUCCAAUUGAAGCAAUUGGAAAGAAGAAGCCUGAAAAAAAUCAGGGCUUCAACGGGAUUAAAGCCCGUGACCUCUGCGUUACCGGUGCGUUGCUCUACCAACUGAGCUAUGAAGCCACACAUUGGGAGCGAGGUCAAUUUAUUGAGGCUUCUUUCCAAUUGCUUAAAUUGGAAAAUUUACUGCGAUGAUCAUUCUUCACUUUCAACUACACUGUACGUGCAUGGUUGAUUUCUAUUUUGACAUCUGUAUACAGGCAUGGCUUAUGCAACCUCAUAAUAUCCACUUUUUUGUAUUUGUGUGAUAAAGGCUUCACAUGAUAUCGUUACUUGUAAUAAUUGCUGUAAGUGUUUUUAUGUUGUUUUCAUUCCCUUUGAUUAUCGCAUAUAGAGCAGAGUUUAUCACAAGAUUGGCCGGUCAGUGCAGAGGUUGAUCUUGAUGACAUGGAAUUUCAUGAAGGUAAAGUGACCAAUAUACAGUACACAGUGGGGUAAUUAAGAUAAAUAAGGCUAUCAGAGGGUAGGUCUCUCAUUGUACACUAUACCUGGCAACUAGCAAUCCAGCAUUGUCUUUUUUUUUUUAUCCCCCCCCCCCCCCCCCUCCAGGUGGCAACCUGAGGAAAGGGGGGAGGUACAUAAAUGACACUGGUAGAUGAACUUAUUUUUGCAAUUUUUUUCUUUAGAAACCUUUUCAUGUGUUUUUUAUUUUUUUUUUUCCUUUUUUUUUUUUCUUAUAAGGAAAGGUUUUUCACAAAAUUGGCGGGGAGGGGCAGGGGGUGAUUUUGAGAGCAAGGAAUUUUAAAAAGGUAAAGGACCAAAAAAAAAUAAAACAGGGGGGGAAUUAAAAAAAAAAAGGCCAUAAAAGGGGAGGUUUUUUUUUUUAAACAUUACCUGGCAAAUAGCAAUCCCCCAUUUUUUUUUUUUUUUUAUCCCCCCCCCCCCCACUCCUCCAGGUGGCAAACUGAGGAAAGUGGUGAGGUACAUCAAUGACACUGGUAGAUGAACGUUAUUUUGCAAUUAUUUGACUUAGAGACCCUGUCAUGUGAUUUUUAGCAAUGCAAAGAUUCUUUCAGUGAUUCCUCUGAUAUGAUGAAAAGUAUAGCUUAAGCAUUCUUGGUUUAUUUUUAGGUGGAGAAAAUGCAGAAAUCUCGUUUUAAGGUGUAAAAGUUGAAAAUAAUUAAUUUCUUCAAGGCAUCAAAACCACUGAUAUAUCCUGCACUUAAUCUUUUUCAAUAUUCACUUUUCAGAUUUACAGAGUUACUCAAGCCAAUGUCGUUGCAGUGGAGAGUACUUGAUUACUGAAAGUGAUCUGGAAAAUGGACAUAACAUUGUAUGUUGUUCAGAUUGUACCUUGAGUAUCAGAGUUCUAUACAGUGUACUACAAGAUGAUGUAAAUGAUGAGGACCAGAAAAGCAGUGCUUUGGAAAAUAGCUGA